CUUGGCCACUAGAUGCACUGUGCAUCUGUGUUAAAAGAUGGUUGUGUUUGUCGGUGUGUAUACUUUUGGGUUUCUAGCCGCAGGAGUUUGCGUAUUUCUUUUGAGCUAUGUCACCUACCAGCUACUGAAAAACUACCUGCACAAUUGGAAGGAGCUAAAACCGGUCCCGGGCAUUGGAUAUAUUUAUCCUUUUAUUGGGAAUGCGUUGCAGUUUAAAUCAAAUGCAGGAGAUUUCUUUUGUCAGUUGGUUGGAUACACAAAUGAAUUUCGGAAUUCUCCUCUACUUAAAAUAUGGAUUGGACCUGUGCCGUUCCUCAUCCUUUACCAUGCUGAAACUAUUGAGACAGUUCUCAAUAACCCUGUUCACAUGGAUAAAGCCUAUGCAUACAAAUUUCUGCACCCUUGGCUAGGAACUGGACUACUUACGAGCACAGGAAAUAAGUGGAGACACAGACGUAAGAUGUUGACUCCAACAUUCCAUUUCUCUAUACUGACUGAGUUCCUGGAGGUGAUGAAUGAACAAGCUGAAGUGCUUGUAGAGAAACUAGAGAAGAAGGCUGGGAAAGGCCCCUUCAACUGCUUUAACCACAUCACUCUUUGCGCCCUUGACAUCAUCUGUGAAACUGCGAUGGGAAAGAGAAUCUAUGCACAGAGCAACUAUGAUUCUGAUUAUGUGCGCUGUGUGUACAGAAUGAGUGACAUCAUCACCAGACGCCAAAGGAUGCCUUGGUACUGGCCUGACUUUAUAUAUAACUACUUCGGUGAAGGGAGGGAACACAACCGCAGUCUUAAGAUCCUCCAUUCUUUCACAGACAGCGUUAUUCGUGAGAGGUCAGACUACCUCAGCUAUAUUGAGUCUGACAGCGAAUCAGAUCAGGGCAUGAAGAAAAGGAGAGCUUUCUUGGACAUGCUGUUGAAAACGACAGAUGAGAAGGGAAAAAAGCUGACUCACAAAGACAUCCAGGAGGAGGUAGACACGUUCAUGUUUGAGGGUCAUGACACUACAGCAGCUGCCAUGAACUGGGCCAUACACCUGUUAGGUUCCCAUCCUGAAGUUCAAAGAAAGGCACAGCAAGAACUCUUUGAGGUGUUUGGUGAGUCUGAGAGGCCUGUUAAUACAGAGGAUCUGAAGAAACUACGAUACCUGGAGUGUGUGAUAAAGGAGUCUCUGCGUCUCUUUCCAUCUGUGCCGUUUUUUGCUCGAACCAUCUGCGAAGACACAGUAAUCAGUGGCUACAAAGUCCCCAAAGGAGCAAAUGCCAUAAUCAUAACCUACUCCCUCCAUCGUGACCCUCGCUUCUUCCCUGACCCAGAAGAAUUCCGACCCGAGCGCUUCCUGCCAGAGAAUACUAUUGGUCGACAUCCUUAUGCCUUCAUUCCAUUCUCCGCUGGGCUUCGCAACUGCAUUGGCCAGAGGUUUGCUAUAAUGGAGGAGAAAGUUAUUCUGGCUUCCGUUCUGCGUUACUUUAACAUUGUGGCGUGUCAGAAGAGGGAGGAUCUUCGGCCACAGGGUGAACUGGUCCUGAGACCGGAGCAAGGCAUCUGGAUCACACUGGAACGCAGAAAAUGCUAAUACAUACACAGCAUCGCACACAUGUGCACAAUCAUCUGUAACUUAAAACAUGAUGAUAAACACAAAAUGUGUUGAAUUAUUUGAGUACAGAAUCAAUACAAUUUUUAUUUAAAAGCUUCUUUUAUACAGAAGAGACUUAAUUUCCUUUUAAUAAUUCGAUACCAAUAAAAUGAAUCAUGUCAGAAAAUUCUGAGAAUACAUUUUACUAAUUCAUUAUUAAAAACACCUCAUUAAAAGGUAUUUCGUUUUUUUCAUUCUCAAGCUUUGAUGUCAGAUUUGUAUAACAGUUUAAUUUUAUAGCAACGCAAUGAUGCAUUUAUGCAAUGACACAAUGAUGCAUUUAUGUCACUCCACUUUCUUGAUUUAAUAAUAAAUGAACAAAUGCUUA